GUCGACAAUUUUUUAUUAAUAUUGUGAUUCUUUGCUUUUGCUUACACUCCAACGAAACUAAGAGCAUACAAAAAGUAAUUAUCGAAAGCGAAUAAAAGACAAAAGACGCAACACCUCUUUACUCAUUCUUAGUAUUAAUACUUCUCAGGCUUCUUCAUCUGCUAACACUUUUUCUUCACUUGCUUACAUCACCUAGCUCUCUUAACAAUGGAGGAAACGACAACCUUUCAUGGACUAGGACACCUCUUCUUCACAAUCUUCUUGUACUGCUUCUCAUCAUUCAUCGUGGCUCCUGCGAUAACCGAUAUCAGCAUGGCUGCGCUAUGUCCCGGAAAAGACGAGUGUUCUCUCGCCAUUUACCUCUCCGGCUUUCAACAAGUUAUCACGGGAGUGGGAUCGUUGAUGAUGAUGCCAUUGAUGGGAAGCUUGUCGGACAAGCAUGGUAGAAAAUGUUUGCUUACUCUUCCAAUGACACUCCACAUUUUGCCUCUUGCGACAUUAGCGUAUAGUACUAGAGGGACGACCAUCUUCUACAUGUACUAUGUACUCAAGACUUCCACUUCGAUAGUUUGUGAAGGAACUGUUUUUUGUCUUGCCCUUGCUUACGUGGCUGAUAAUGUAUCAGAAAGGAGACGAGGCUCCGCGUUUGCAAUACUUACCGGAAUUACAUCAUGCGCAUUCGUUUGUGCCAAUCUUUGUGCUCGAUUUUUAUCUAUUGCUGCGACAUAUCAGGUCGCAACAGGAAUGGGAAUUUUAUCAUUGUUGUAUAUGAGGCUUUUCCUACCGGAUUCGAUCCGAGACAAUAGCCUCGGUGCUCCUAUUGUUAUAAGCGAGACAUUGAGUUCCUCUUUACUUGAAGAUUGUCCUGGACAUAGAAAUAGAAUAUUUAGAGCAAUUCAUUCGGUACGUGAAAUGGCAUCUCUAUUGAGAAGUAGCGUUCCAUUUUUUCAAGUUGCGAUGGUAUCAUUCUGCAGUAGUCUUGCUGAGGCAGGUCUACAUGCUUCAUCUAUGUACUAUUUAAAGGCCAAGUUUCACUUUAACAAAGACCAGUUUGCAGACUUGAUGAUCAUAUCAGGCGCAACCGGAUCUAUUUCACAGUUGCUUUUUAUGCCCAUUCUAGUUCCUGCUUUAAAAGAGGAGAGACUGCUCUCAAUUGGUCUUUUCUUUGGUGGUGCCCAUAUGUUCUUGAUAUGUGUGGCAUGGUCCUCAUGGGUUCCAUAUAUGGCAGCCAUAUUUUCACUUUUCUCAGUAUUUCCACAUUCAUGUAUGCGAAGCAUUGUCUCCAAACAAGUAGCAUCAUAUGAACAGGGGAAAGCCCAAGGGAUUAUUUCAAGCAUAGAUUCCCUUGCAAAUGUCAUUUCCCCGCUUGCAUUUUCACCUCUAACAGAUUGGUUUCUAUCUGAAAGGGCUCCAUUUAAUUUCCUAGGGUUCAGUAUAAUGUGUGCGGGGUUUAUGAUGACUAUAGCUUUCAUCCAAAGCCUCAUGAUCAGAGCAACAACUCCAAUAUCGGAUAUGGGAUCUCCAUAAUACAGUUCUAAAUAUCACCAGUCGAUUCUUGGUAUUAUUUUAACCCUUAAUAUUGUGUAUGGUUUUACGAUUUCCAAAGUCAGGAAUAGCUCCUAGGGGAAUCACCAUAUUUGAUGGUCGUUCCUGUUAAUUUAGAUGUCUUCUUUUCUUUAUAUUUUUGGUUCAAAGUUAAUUUAGAUAUCUAAAGCAACGAAAAAGCUCCAAUAUUUGUAUCAUUUUAUUUUCAUUUCUAAAAUACUAGUUCAUUUUAUAAAUAGGUA